ACGAGCUUAUCAGUCAUUUUUGAUUUUAUUAAAAAAUAUUUCAGAGUUCUUGUUCAUGAUCAAAUUAGAAAUUUUUCCAUGAAAAUUCAUCUUUUAAAACUAAUAAUCUUGUUUAAAAUACUAUAAGUAGUGAUAAACAUAAUCCUAAUGGAUGACAAAUGUCGUUUAUGUGGUAACAACGACCCACAUCUCAUAAACGUAUUUGAAAAUAACAGCUCAUUUGUGAAUUUGAAUUUGAGAAUUUGCGCCAGCCUGCAGAUUAGAAUUUCCAAGACAGAUCAGUUAUCUCAUUCGAUCUGCCAACUCUGCUAUACCAAGCUUGAAGAUUUCGAUAGGUUUAUAAAACAGUGCCAGAAAACUCAGUUCCUUUUAUCAGAUGUCGAAGAAAUUUAUAUUCCAUCUGUUCAGGAGAAAAUCACCACCAUCGAAUUAGAACGCGUUCCAUUGAGUACAGAUGAUUUACUGUCGCAGAACACCGAUCCUUGCGAUGAUCUCGUCGAAAAUAACGAUGAUGAGGUUCGUAUUAAAAGGAGAAGAUUUCCUGAUGUAUUCCUAAAUGAAUACGCGAUCGUGGAAGAAAAUCAAGAGAUAGAAAUAGAUCUCGACGAGUAUUACGAGAACGAUAAUAAUAAUGAAAACAUAUCCGGUGAUUCGAGCCAUAAUGUUUCUCCUGUAAAAGUACCUUUCAGUAAAUUAGCUUCGUUUUUCUCUUCGAGGGUGCAAGUGAAUAAAUCCGAUUCGAGUGAUGAGAAUUCCGACUUGAAAUUAAAUCAUGGUACAGAACCGAUCGUUGAAAUCAUCAGCGCAGUAGGUACAGAAAGUGAUCAUGAAAUGGGUCGAGUUAAAUUUGAAAAGUUGGAAUCAACAGAUACUUCGGAUAUGAGUGUUUCAUUGAACGACGAGUCUAAAAUAGAUAAACUUGAAAAUUUGGAAUCAGUAAAUACUUCGGAUACGAGUGUUUCAUUGAACGAUGAAUUCAAAAUAAUAGAUACUAAUGAUCUGGAAGUCAAAAAGGAAAAUAAAGCGUCGAACAAAAUCACUAAUAAACCUAGAAAAUACACCAAAGCAAUAAAACUCAAGUCACCUAAUCUGAAACCUUGUCCCAUAUGUGCUCUUCAGUUCGCACCUAGUGAAAUGGAAGAACACGUUGGAUUUCAUUCAGAAGAUCAAGAGUACUUGGACUUGAUUAUCGCUGAAAUGAAAGAAGUCCCUUUCAAACAAAAAAUGCAUUUCUGUGAAGAAUGUAAGAAGGUUUUCGUACGUGACAGUUUAUACAUGGAGCAUACAAAAGAUCACUUGAAAAUCAAAAUAAUCAAUUGCCACUUAUGCGAUCACACAUUUGCGGCUCGUAGAAAGCUCAAAGUGCAUUUACGUGCCGUACAUAUUCCGAAAAAUAGUAAAUGUAAUUUAUGCAGUUACGCUGCAAAGACUGACGCUGAUUUGCAAAAGCAUAUCAAAGGUGUUCACGAAUUUCAACCUAUUAUUUGUGAAAUUUGUGGUAAAUCGGUUUCCUGUAAUAUGAGUAAUUAUAAUCGACAUCUGCAGACUCAUUCGGAAGAUAGACCGUACAAAUGCGAAUUAUGUAGUUCUGCUUAUAAAACGGCAUCUUCUUUGCAAAAACACAAAUCUAAUAUCCAUUUUGCUAAAUCUGUAAUGUGUACUGCUUGUGGGACUAUUUGUGGUUCGCAAAUAAAGUAUAAAAAACAUGUUAGAAGGUGUCGGAAACGAAUGCAACGUUAUUGUUAAUUAUUUUUUCUAAAUCGAUUUCUUUAUUCGCGUUGUUUCUUUUUUUUAUACGCUGUAUUGUAUUCUGUAACGUUAUUCAAUAAAGUAUUUGAAGGUU